UGAAGAUGAUGGCCCAUAGAUAAGAUACUAUUGAAUGAAGAUCCUGACGUUAAUGGCAUUCCAUGCCAAGUACCAACCCUUUUAUUUAUCUAUUCUUUUUUAUGGAUAGUUAAUACCUAGAACGAAAUGAUAAAUGAGGAAAAUUCAGACACGUUUAUGGUGUUUGAUUGCGUCAUCUGUCAUUCAAAAGAAAGCCGAGACAGAAGAGUACACAAACACAAACACACACACACAGUGCAUGUAAUCACUCAUCUGUCAGAUCCUCCUUUGUUCGCUUCUUUUCUAAACACAUUCCCGACUCUCUCCCAAAUCCGAAAGGCAAAAGGAAAUAAUUUUUUUUUUCUUUUCUGGUUUAAAAUCCUUGGCCAAGUUCACUUGAACAAGUAUCUUCUGUAAAGCCACUAAUCUCACAUUCGCCAUGUGGAACUUUGCUUCAAAGAUCUUUACUGGAGCCAGAGGGUUGAAGACUGAUUCGUUGAAACCAAGUCAGGUUUCUUCAGAAUGUUCAGAUGAUGAUACUUCUUUGAACAACCGUGGAGAGGAAAGAUUGGAAUGCCCCAUAUGCUGGGAAUCCUUCAAUAUUGUAGAGAAUGUACCCUAUGUUUUAUGGUGUGGCCAUACUUUAUGUAAAAAUUGCGUCUUAGGGCUGCAACGGGCUUUUGUGAAAUUCCCUACAUUACCAAUCCAUCUUCCAUUCUUUGUCUCUUGCCCAUGGUGUAAUCUAUUCUCUUUGAGGCUAGUCUACAAGGGGAAUGUCAAGUUUCCCAGCAAGAACUACUUUCUCCUCUGGAUGGUUGAGAGCAGGAAUGGUGAUAGGUCAAAGUCUCAUUCUUCCUUUCAAGGGGCUCAUUCACCUGCCUGUUCUACAAGCAGAGCAAUAGAUGGGGGAAAUCAGCUUAGACGUGUGAACAACAGGCGAGCUUUGAGUGCUACUCACCAUUCAGAACAUUCAGACUCCAGCUCUAGUGAAGGCCGCCUGAUCACUAACUAUUUCAGCGUUGAAAGACUCCGAUCAUCACUCCAGAAGUCCUUGGUUUUCUUUUUGCACUUAACAGCUAAGUUCCCUUUAAUUGUCAUAUUUCUGCUGAUGGUCUUAUACGCAAUACCUGCAAGUGCAGCCAUUUUGGCCCUUUACAUUCUUAUCACCGUUGUAUUUGCUGUCCCUUCUUUUCUUGUUUUAUACUCUGCCUUUCCCAGUGUAGAUUGGCUGGUUAGGGAAAUCAUCAGUUAAACUGCCCAUGAUAUUCCCUUCUUAUGCCAUAAAAUCUUGUAGCAUGGGAUUGCUCCAUAUGAAUCCAUCAUGCAAUUCGACAACUUCUCCAUGUUAGAUGCCAUGAACCAUGUAUUUCAAACUCUGUCAUGAAAAUUUAUCUUUCAGAUCAGUUGAGUUCAUUUUGGCAUCUUUCUUAGUGCAAUGGAUGUGUGGAUGGUCAAGUACCUGCCAGCAUGAUCCAUGAAGUGCAGCGGCAAUAAAGAUCCUCCAAAGAAUCAAUAGAAUCCACUCUUCUCCUGCUAAAGAUGUUAAAAAUCUAUUGUAUAUAAAUGGAACAUUUGCUCCCUUUCUAUGAAUUAACCUUGUUAUGCAUGUAAAUUUUUACUGUCCAAUUUGAAUAUUGAACUAUUGAUAUAUAUGAUAGUUGCCUUAAACUUCUUUACCCUUCCCUAGCAAUCGUUUUCAGGGCCUAACAUCAGUUGCUGCCGACAGGGAGUCGAUGAGCUGCAAGUCUUUAUUUGCAGCUCCUGCAUUGUUGGUCCAUGAUAGAAAAUCAAAGAUGUGGGAUGAUAGUCUUAGCCUUGUCCGAUUCUACUAUCAUUGAUCAUUGUGGUGGCUUUGAUAGUUGGUUUAGCUUUACCAGCUUGAAAGAGAUGUGUUAUGAUACUUUAUUUUAACCAGUACUUAUAUAUUCCAAUUGAAUAUAAAACCAUGAAUGAUGAGAUGGUGGCCAAACAAAGCCAGGAAAGAAAUUCAAAAAUUUUUGAGAAGGCAGCUUAUUGAGGUAUCCAAUUCCCUUUUUCCAGUCUCAGUUCUCACUUGAGAGAGAAUCAUUAACACUGCAAAUGAAAUGGUCACACACCAAAUUAUAAUCCCC